UUUAUUAAUUUAUUAAUUAAUAGAUGGUUGCGUCUCCUCCCCGCCCCUCCCUCCCCCCGCGCGGUGGGUGGUGGCGGCCGCGGGCCGGGAGCGCGGCGGGGCCGGGAUGUGGCGGCGGCUGCGGGCGCUGAGGGGCUGCGGGCGGCGAUGGCAGCACGGCCCGGCCAUCCAGGUGACCAACGAGCCCAUCCUGGAGUUCAAGCCGGGGAGCCCCGAGCGAGAGGCGCUCCAGAAGGCCCUGGCUGACCUGAAGGACAAGACUGAGGACAUCCCGUGUGUGAUUGGGGGGGAGGAGGUGUGGACCCCCACGGUGAGGUACCAGGUGUCGCCCUUUAACCAUGCACACAAGGUGGCCAAGUACUGCUAUGCCAACAAGGAGCUCAUUAACAAGGCCAUUAACGCUGCCCUGGCAGCCAGGAAGGAGUGGGACCUGAAGCCUGUGCAGGAUCGAGCCCAGAUCUUCCUGAAGGCAGCUGACAUGCUGAGCGGCCCGAGGAGAGCAGAAGUGCUGGCCAAGACCAUGGUGGGACAGGCCAAGACCGUGAUCCAGGCUGAGAUCGACGCCGCGGGCGAGCUCAUCGACUUCUUCCGCUUCAACGCCAAGUACGCGCUGGAGCUGGAGCAGAGCCAGCCCCUGAGCGUGGACAUCAGCACCAACUCCAUGGUCUACCGGGGGCUGGAGGGCUUCGUGGCUGCCGUGUCCCCCUUCAACUUCACGGCCAUCGGCGGCAACCUGGCAGGGGCUCCUGCGCUGAUGGGGAACGUGGUGCUCUGGAAGCCCAGUGACACGGCCAUGCUCUCCAGCUACGCCGUCUAUAAGAUCCUGCUGGAGGCGGGGCUGCCGCCCAACGUGGUGCAGUUCGUGCCCUCGGACGGGCCCGAGUUUGGGGACACCGUCACCAGCUCCGAGCACUUCUGCGGCCUCAACUUCACCGGCAGCGUGCCAACGUUCCGCCGGCUCUGGAAGCAGGUCUCAGAGAACCUGGAGCGCUACCGCAACUUCCCGCGCCUGGCUGGAGAGUGCGGCGGGAAGAACUUCCACGUGCUGCACCGCUCGGCGGACGUGGGCAGCGCGGUGAACGGCACGCUGCGCUCGGCCUUCGAGUACGGCGGGCAGAAAUGCUCCGCCUGCUCGCGCCUCUACGCGCCCGCCUCGCUGUGGCCCCACAUCAAAGAGAAGCUGCUGGAGGAGCACGGCAAGAUCAAAGUGGGAGAUCCCACCCAGGACUUUGGCACUUUCUUCUCAGCUGUGAUCGAUGACAAGUCCUUUGCCAGGAUCAAGAGCUGGCUCCAGCACGCCCACAGCUCCCCCAACCUGACGGUGCUGGCGGGCGGCGGCUGCGACGACAGCGUGGGCUUCUACGUGGAGCCCUGCAUCGUGGAGAGCAGGGACCCCCGGGACCCCAUCAUGAGAGAGGAGAUCUUCGGGCCCAUCCUGACGGUGUUCGUGUACCCCGAGUAUCAGUACCGGGAGGUGCUGGAGCUCAUCGACAGCUCCACCCCGUACGGCCUCACGGGGGCGAUCUUUGCUCAGGAUAAGGCUGCCAUCGAGGAGUCCCUGAGGCUGCUGCGCCACGCCGCCGGCAACGUCUACAUCAACGACAAAUCCACGGGGGCCGUGGUGGCCCAGCAGCCCUUCGGGGGAGCCCGCAUCUCAGGCACCAAUGACAAGCCCGGGGGUCCCCAUUACCUGCUGCGCUGGACGUCCCCCCAGGCCAUCAAGGAGACGCACGUGCCGCUGGGGGACUGGCGCUACGCCUACAUGCAGUGACCUGGGGACAGCCUGGGGACAGCCUGGGGACACGGCCACCCCCCCGCUGCACUCACACUACUGACCCCGACCCCCCUCCCCUCAUGGGAAUUCUUUAAAAAAGGAAAAAACUAAAAAAAAACAAAGCGUUGUUCAAUGGUGAAGCUCAGAGCUCCUGUGUGUCCUGGGUCGGGUGGCACUUGGGGACACGAGGGUGAUGUGGCAGUGGUUGGAUUUGGUGGCUUUAAAGGUUUUGUCCAACCUCA